AUGACUUUUACCGACUUCCUUUCGCUAAUAUCCGCUGUCGAUAUUGAUUUGACUUCAGAUAAGGAUAACCAUGACUUCAGGAAACCAACCGCUAUGGUUGUAACUACACAACUAGGGAUUGCUUCAGUGUUAGGAAUUUUUGCAUUGUUUUCGUUUUCUCUCUUACUUAAAAAAUUACCACGUUUGUAUGCAAGUAGGAGGUAUAAAGAUCAAGCAUCAUUACAACUCCCUACUUGGAACGAAAAUAGUUUAUUUGGCUGGAUCCCUGUACUGUAUAGAAUCAAUGACAAACAACUCCUAGAGUAUGCUGGACUUGAUGCUUUUGUAUUUUUGAGUUUUUUCAAAAUGUGCAUCAAACUGUUAGCAACAUUCUGUUUCUUUUCAGUUUGCAUUAUCUCCCCUAUUAGAUACCAUUUUACUGGUUACUACGAUGACAACUCUAAUGAACCAGCCGGUUCAUCAACUAUGAAACACUUGUACAAGAGGUUGAUAGAUCCAACAUCAGAUGGAGUACUGGCUCCCGAGACGGCUAGCAUGUACCUAUGGAUGUACGUCUUAUUCACAUAUUUCUUCACAUUUCUAGCAAUAAAAACAUUAACAUCUCAGACAAAGGAUGUUGUAAAUACAAGACAAACUUAUUUAGGUAAGAUGAAUACUAUUACAGAUAGAACUAUACGACUAUCAGGGAUUCCCAUCGAGCUUCGAAGUAUGGAUGCAUUAAAGAGAAGAAUCGAGGAGCUAAAGAUUGGUCAGGUAUCAUCAAUCACUAUAUGUAGGGAAUGGGGUACAUUGAACAAACUUUAUCAUUAUAGAAAUAAAAUCUUAAAGAAGUUAGAAUUAGCAUUUGCUGAUUGUCCACCACAUCUUAGAGAUCAUACAACGUUCCCUGAAUCUUUUACUAUGAAUCACAGUUCUUCCCAAGAGGGAACCACGGAUAACAACAUAUCGUCAAAUAUUGAACAACCAGUUUCUACAGCUACCGAUAAUUUGAAUCUUCCUUCUACUGCAGAUGCCCCUGAGGAUAACGAACUUUACUCAGAAAUACACCUUAAAGAAAGACCUACAAUGAAAACUGGAUUGUGGGGGAUGUUAGGUACUGAAGUCGACUCAAUUGAAUACCUGUCAGAUCAAUUAAACUUUAUUGAUAAAGAGAUAAUUAGAGCACGUAAAUCGCAUUAUUCUGCAACACCUACAGCUUUUGUCACAAUGGAUUCUGUUGCUAACGCACAAAUGGCUGCACAGGCCGUAUUGGAUCCUCGUGUCCAUUAUUUUAUUACCCAUCUAGCUCCAGCUCCGCAUGACAUCAAAUGGGAACAUGUAUGCUUAUCUAGAACUGAUCGUCUGACGAAAAUUUACACCGUGACUGUGUUUAUUGGAAUCUCGAGUAUUUUCCUUAUUAUCCCUGUUUCAUAUCUUGCCACUCUAUUGAACUUAAAAACAAUUUCUAAAUUUUGGCCUAGUUUAGGUAAUCUUUUGAAAGAAAACAGGUGGGCUGAAAAUAUGGUUACUGGAUUAUUACCUACAUAUCUGUUCACAUUAUUAAAUGUCGGUAUUCCAUAUUUCUAUGAAUUUUUGACUUCCUACCAAGGUCUCGUAUCAUACAGUGAGGAAGAAAUAUCUUUAGUGUCUAAGAAUUUUUUCUAUAUAUUCGUCAAUUUGUUUUUAGUGUUUACACUUGCAGGGACAGCUUCCAACUAUUGGGGUUACCUAUCUGAUACCACAAAGAUAGCAUAUCAGUUAGCCACGUCUGUUAAGGAAUUUUCAUUAUUCUAUGUUGAUUUAAUUAUUUUGCAAGGUAUUGGUAUGUUUCCGUUUAAACUUUUAUUGGCAGGUAGCUUGAUUGGGUUCCCAUUAAUUAAGAUUCAGGCCAAGACACCACGACAAAGGAAAGAACUUUACAAUCCACCAAUUUUCAAUUUUGGUUUACAAUUACCACAACCUAUCUUAAUUUUGAUUAUUACAUUGAUCUAUUCUGUUAUGAGUACAAAAAUUUUAGCAUCUGGUUUAGCAUACUUUAUUAUUGGAUUUUAUGUCUAUAAGUACCAACUAAUAUAUGCCACAGAUCAUCUUCCUCACUCUACUGGUAAAGUAUGGCCAUUAAUAUACAGAAGAAUCAUGGUAGGGCUGUUAUUAUUCCAAUUAACUAUGGCUGGCACACUUGCUGGUUUUGAAGGCGGUUGGGUCUUAUCAUCUUGGCUAUUUCCUUUGCCGUUCAUUACUUUCAGUUUCUGGUGGGAUUUCGAAAAGAAUUAUUUACCUCUAUCACAAUAUAUUGCUUUGAGUUCAAUCCGUGAACAUGAACGUGAUAACUCGAUGGUAAGUGCCCCUAUGGAAACAGAAACAUACCACUACCCAUAUUUAAUCGGAGAGCUCGAAGGGCCAGUAUUAAGCUAA